AUGGUUACUUAUGGUGGAGAUGAAGUAAACGCGCUUGUAUUUGAUAUGGGCUCCACGUCUACACGUGUUGGUUUUGCAGGAGAAGAUGUGCCCAAAUCCAUUUUCCCAACUUCUUACGGCGUCGAUAAAGAAGGCAACUACUAUAUUGGAGACAGCAAACUAAAUACAUGGAGGGCCAACAUGGAAAUCAAAAAUCCCAUGAAGAAUGGUCUUGUCAAGGAUUGGGAUGCAGUUGAACACCUCUGGCAAGCAGCUUACAACGAUAUGCUUCACGUCAAUUCAUCAGAGCACCCUUUAUUAUGUACAGAACCAGCUUGGAAUACACCCGAAAACCGCGAAAAGAUGAUGGAAUUGGCAUUUGAAAAGUUUGAAGCACCUGCUUUCUAUGUGGCCAAGGAUGCCGUCAUGACAGCUUUUUCAGUUGGUAGAGCUACUGGUUUAGUUUUGGAUUCUGGAGGAAGCACAACAAGCGCUGUCCCAGUGUAUGAUGGCUAUGUGUUGAAGAAGGGUGUGCUUCAUCAGUCCGUGGGUGGCGAUAUCUUGAGUCAGCAAAUUAGAGAUUAUAUUAAAAACGGAUUGCAUUUGGAUGUGACACCUCUGUACAAGAUUGCUAGCAAAAAGCCAGUUCCUGCUGGCCAGCCACCUCAACUUCAAUUGCGCAAGAGGCCAGAUACAACAGAGAGUUUUGAUGAUUAUCAGAUUUCGAGAAUCAUUCAUGAAUACAAGGAAUCAGUAUCACAAGUGUCAGAAAUUCCAUACGAUGAGCAUUUGAUGAAUCAAAGACCUCAAAAGCCAUUCGAGUUUCCUGACGGCUACAACAAUUCAUUUGGUGCUGAGCGCUAUAGGGUGCCUGAAAUCAUGUUUAAUCCUCGCUACAUUCAUUUGCCACCUCUUGAACCAGGAAAAGAAACACAACCCAUCCCUUCAUUGGGGCUCACUAGAAAGCAAUUACAACACACUGUAGGCGUAUCGAAACUUGUAUUCAACAGUAUCAGUGCUUGCGAUAUCGAUUUACGUCCUUUGCUUUUUAACAAUGUCAUUGUCACUGGUGGAAAUACACUGUUCCCUGGAUUUACAGAGAGAUUGAGCAACGAACUGCCCAUGAUGGUGCCAGGAAACAAGGUCAAGGUGCAUGCAUUUGGAAGUCCAAUUGAGCGUAAAAGCAGUAGUUGGUUGGGUGGCUCCAUCUUGGCAUCACUAGGCUCAUUUAACCAGUUAUGGAUCUCCAAGAAGGAAUACGAGGAAGUUGGCCCCUCGAUCAUUGAGACCAAAUGCCAGUAA